AUGCGAGUCUCCAAGAUAUUCCUUCCCCUGGCUCUUGCUGCCUCUGCCAUCGCUGCUGGAAGCACUGCCAAUGCUGGCCCCAGCCUCGCCACCGUCAACCAAAAGAGCACGGAGAUAAUUAGUCUUAUCGAUUCCGUCGCUCCUGGCAAUACUGACGGCGUCGCUGCGCAAAUUGAGAACGACUUAGGAGAUUUUGUAAAGAUGUGUGUUAGCCUCUUAAACCGACAGGAUCCUUGCGAUGGCAGAGAAUACACUCUUUUUGUUGAAACCGCGAAUAAAAUUUUGAACACGAUGAUACAAAAUGCCCAUCGCGUUGGGCCCCUCGCUCCGGUCAUUGAACCUAUCCUCCGCAAGUUGGAAGACAUCAUUGAUACCGUCGCCUUUGAGAUUAUUGGCAUUGUGGGUGGCCGCUGUCCAGAGAGAAUUGAUCGGCUGGAUCGAUUAGAGAAACAUAUCAAGCAGGCUGAGCAUUCACUUGGCCUUGAUCAUGAAGCAACACUGAACAUCUAG